GCCGCCUCCUCCGCCGACACGUGAAAUCGCAGAAGACUGGCCAAGAUGUCCAAAGCCAAACAGAAACGCGCCAAACGCCUCGGCUUGGGGAAGUUUAAGAGUAAAGACGGACAGAAGGCAGAUGCCACAGGACGCUUGAAGGGUUCAGCCGUGCAAAAUGUCAAGGAGCAGAGAAAACCAGAAGAAAUUCGCAAGAAAAGGCUUCAGGAUCUCCAGGAAAAACAGAAGUUGUCCAGAGAACGAGAGCUGAUGAAGAGGAGGAAUUUACAAAGUUUUCAGAAUGACAUCUUACAGCGACAAAGAGAGUUUGAGCAGAGGGAGAUCGAGAUGCAGAGUCUGGAGAAGCACGUAAACUUUGAAAAUGAGAAUUCAAGGAAAGCUUAUUACAGAGAAUUUAAAAAGGUUGUGGAGGCCUCGGAUGUCAUUUUGGAAGUUUUGGACGCUCGUGACCCUCUGGGCUGCAGGUGUCCUCAGGUGGAGCAGGCAGUCAUCCAAAGUGGAACAAAUAAGAAGAUUGUUUUAGUUCUGAAUAAAAUUGAUUUGGUUGCAAAAGAAAUAGUGGAAAAGUGGAUCAGAUAUCUCCGAAAUGAGUUUCCCACUGUGGCUUUCAAAGCAUCAACUCAACAACAGACUAAAAACCUGAAACGCAGUAAUGUUCCGGUGACUCAAGCCACCACGGAGCUGCUCAGCAGCAGCGCCUGCAUCGGAGCCGACUGUCUGAUGAAGCUGCUGGGAAACUACUGCCGCAAUCUGGACAUAAAGACGGCCAUCACUGUGGGGGUCGUAGGUUUUCCUAACGUGGGAAAGAGCAGUUUGAUCAACAGCUUGAAACGCGCACGAGCGUGCAGUGUGGGGGCCACGCCCGGUGUGACCAAGUGUCUUCAGGAAGUACACCUGGACAAACACAUCAAGCUGCUGGACUGUCCCGGUAUCGUCAUGGCGACAUCCACGACCGACGCGGCAAUGAUCCUACGAAACUGUGUGAAAAUAGAACAGCUGGUCGAUCCACUGCCGCCUGUGGAGGCCAUCCUCCGGAGGUGCAACAAGGCACAGAUCAUGGAACACUACGGCGUCUCUGACUUCCAUACAGCUCUGGAGUUCUUGUCCCUGCUCGCGCGAAGACAAGGGAAACUACGGAAGGGGGGCCUGCCCGACACCGACAAGGCAGCCAAGGGCGUGUUAAUGGACUGGACAGGGGGAAGGAUCAGCUACUUCACGCACCCCCCAGAGACACACACCCUCCCCACACACGUCAGUGCUGAGAUCGUUUCAGAAAUGGGGAAAGCCUUCGACUGGGAUGAGCUGGAAAAAGGAAAUCAGGAGGUCCUUGCAGACUCUUCGUGUCCUGAUGUCCAGAUGGGAUUCUGCAUGGAAACCACAGGCAUGACACAAGGUGGUCUGGGUGAGCUGCACUGUGACCUUGACAUGGAAGCAGGCUCAGUGGAAGAGUCGACAUUCAAAGAAGAAGCUGAAUCUAUGGAGGACGAUCAGGAUCCAGAGUUUGGACCGAUGACAGUGGAGAUAAAGUCACAGAAAAAGGGCAAUUUGCCAUCAAAUGAUGCUGCACCGAAGGCCCCAAACCUGAAGGACAUCUUGGAUGUGGAUCCUCUCCAGCAGGGCCAGGCACUUCUGGCUGCCAGCAAGAAAAGGAAGAAGCAACAGAAAAGAGCUGACAAAAUCGCCACCAAGUUGUCAGACACACUUACUGCUGCAAUGGACUUUUCAUUUCUAUAGCUGAUACCUGGUUAUAAUAAAAAAAUACAACAAAGA